UAUCAAGCAGCUUCUGGUUUUCAGUUAUCCUAGACUCUUUAACCUUGAUACAAGAUCAACCCUAGUUAGUACAGUUCUAACCUUUACGGUAUGAAGGUGCUGAUCCUGGUUUCAACAGUUCUGGUCUCCUGCUCCGGUCAGGACGUAUCAAGUCUUAUCAAUGCACAGGGAGUUCCACAGGUUCCAGGUUUAGAUGUCUGGCAAGCUGCUCUUAUUGCUCAUGCCGCGGCAGAGCAGAGGUUAUCAGGUUUCCUGACUCAACCUCAGCCUCAACAACAGCAACAGCAACAGCCCGUAUUUAGACCCCAGCCUCAACCUCAACCUCAACCUGAACGUAAUACAGACGAUCUGCGAGAUGCAUCUGCUCCAGUGAUACAACAAUUAUUAGAUUCUCAGGCACCAGGGACUAGCACUGAGUCCGAGGUUGCUGCUGAAACUACAGUAUCCGUAUCCGAACCUUCUCAGAAUUUCCAGAAUAUUCUAAAGAGCUCCCUUGUCAAGUUUAUUGAGCAGAUACAGGAGAGCAGGCAGGCGGUAGAGAACCCAGAGAUUGACGAACUAGAGGACAGCGAGUCGGAGAACAAGAACGAGGAUGCGGAGUUAGAUCAGGAUCCAAUCCUGGACUUAGAGUUGGGUGGAUCAGAGUCAUUCCUGGACAAACUUCUCAAUAAGUUCAACAUUAACCAAGAACUAAAAGAUCCUGCUCCUACCGAUCCAUCUCUCUCGGAUAUUUUAGGAAUAACGAAGCAACUUAAGAACAAGAACAGUAAUAAACCCUCUGCCAACAUCGACACUGAGAAAGAAACUAUAUCAGAUUUUUUCCAAGAUUUACUCCGAGAAGAAGAUCUUGAGAAGUACAAUGAGAUUGCGGACGUUGCUCCGGAGAGAACCCAAGACCUGGAGAAGAAUAGAGCUAAAAACCUGGAGAAGAAUGGAUCCUUUAAGUUAGGAAACUUCCUCCAGGACGAGCUGACAGCAGCAGUCAAGGAGAGCAGUAUUAUAGCAGCUGAGCUGGAGAACCUUCUAGAGGAACUGGAAGUUGAGAAAAAGAAAGAUUUAAAGUUUCUUGAGGAAACCUUCGAGAUUAUUAACUCCAAACUCCGGAAUGGAGUUUCAAUACGGGAUCUAAACCAGGAUAAAGAUUUCAUAAACAGUGUUUUUCAUAGAUUCGCUCUCCUAGGACAUCCUCUCAGAGAAGAGGAUAUAAGCCUGCAAACCUUGCUGGAGGCAAAACGAUUGGUUACAGAGAACGUUAUCUCAGCUGCAGAGAAGACCCGGAGUAUGGCAGUAGAGAUACAAAACCAGCUGGACGGAAAGAUCAGGCGCAAAGGAAGACAAUUCUCUUAUAAGGAUCUGCUAGAUGUUGAAUCCAAUCUUAAAUCCGUCCUCAACCUUAUCCGAACCAGUCGUACAUAAAUAUAUUCAUUCAAUCAAUCUA